AUGUUGCAGUACAAAUUCGUGAUGGAGAGUGGGGACACAGUGGCCGAACGCUUGGCCACCCCGAUCAUCUCGGAUAUAGGAAAGGAUUGUGGGAUCGACAACAAAAUCACCACGACUCCAUGUUGUUCGUCGGCCUCGUCGUCGACUUCUGGAGUCACUUCACCGUCAAGCGAAAAUGGGUUCAAGUCAACUAAGUAAGUGAAUUUGAUUUGGUUUCUGAACUUUUAGGUAUAAAAUGGAGGUUUUCAGAUUAUUUGGAGCUCCCGGCGUAUUUUACAAUUUUUUUGAAAUUUAACUUUUCACUAACUCAAAAUUAUCAAAAAAUCAACAAAAGCUUUUUAAAACACAAAUUGUUACCUAAAUUUCGUUAAAACCAUUUGUUACCUAAAUUAUAACUUUUAAUUUUUAGAACUACGAAACAAGAAACUCCCGAAGGGCCACCAAACCAAAAUUCUAUAAAAUCAGAAGAGAACAAACCGUCAGAAGACACUAAUCAACCUUCGACAUCAGAAGAGCCAGAUUUCGACGGAUUUCAUUGUCCUAAUUAUCGAAAGUUCUUCGCCAAAAGGUAUCCAAAACUACAGGAAAUGUCGGCCAUAGACCCGAAAGCAUUAUUGUUUGAUCAAAUUCUCAUAGACAACUUUGAAUUGUUAAUGUUCAUGCACAGAGAAGACUACAAGGUUGGUUUUUUGCUUGCAUUUUUUGGUUUUGGAAUAAUUUUUGGGGUUUUUAUAAAAUCUUUGGGGGUUUUAUAAUAAUAUUAGUAGUUUCACUUAGAAUUUCCAUCGUUAUAGAACUUACCUUGCCAAAGUCUAGGUUUAAACGUAUUUUACUAAUAAAAAACACUUGACCCAAAAUUUAUCAAACAGAUAGCAAACGACUCAUUUGGAAUUAUUUUCUAAAAAUUUUGUUUUAUUUUUAAUUUUACACUAUUUUAGAUCCUAAAAGCAUAUUAAAAGUAUAUCUAUCUUAAAAUAUAAAAUUACGUUGUUUUAGGUAUUCCGAAAGCAAGAAAACGAAGUUCGAGGCAAAGAAAUCUUAGAAGAGAAGGCAAAACAAGCCUUGGAAGACGGAUUCAUCAAGAAUAUCCAACGGAGUCACAAGAAAAAGGGCCGCAAGUCUAAGGUAAGUGAUUUUACUUUGUUUUAUAUUUUUAGGAUGGUUCCAGAAUGAAGUUAUUUGGUUGUUACGAUGUAAAAAUGUUUGUGAGAGACGAUAUUAUUCAUGGUAUUUUUGUUAGUGGCUAAAAUCAGGUUUUUUUGUCAAUUAGUAAUUUUAGAGGCAGUUUUUUCUAUGAUAACUUUUGUUUUAGGUGUAUUUUCGUGUUUUAGGUGUUUUUCUAGUUAUUUUCUCAAGGGGAUUUUUUUGUUUUUUAGGUAAGAAAUUAGGUAAGAAAGUUAAAAAGCUGUAAAGUUUGAAUAGCGUUUAGGGUAAGAUACGUUGCGUGUUUUUUUAUGCCUUUACUUAAGUUAGCUUUUUUUUAAACUAAUAAGAUCAAAAUGUAAAAACUUACUUAAUUUUUGGAGUUAAAAUAAGUCUGUAUGGUGUUGCAGAAUUUAUGAUUAUUGUAGUGUAUGAUAAUGAAGCGACGUGUUUUUGACGUCGUCACGCUAUUUCCAUUGCAUUCUUUAUUAAAGUUGCUUUUUUGAAUUAAUAUUCAAUAGAAGUCUUGAUUAACAUAACUGUUUUCUUGUGUUAAAGUGCAUGGUGAUUAAUAUGGCAUGAUAUUUAGUAUUUAUAAUGUAAUGGCGAGAAGAAUGCAUGAACUUUUUCUUUAAAAACUGUAUUGUGAGGUUAAAAAACCUUACACGGGGGCAUUAGCAUAAGGUUUUUUAACGGACUUUUGGUCUUUGGACUAUAUUAUAGUAGACUUUAAGGGCUAUUUUUAACUUUUUUACUUCAAUAAAAGCAAAAUAAAAAUUCGGUUCUAGCAUAUAAUAUAGAUAUUAUGAAUAAUAUUUCAAUACAAUUUGCACGAACAUUAAUCGUUUAUGUCUCAUCGACUAGAUUGAAUUUCUAAUUAUUAUUGGUUAACAACAUUAAAUUUGAGAUUAUUUUUGGUUUAUGGGAUUAAAUUAUUUUUAAAAACAUUGUGUAAUAUUUUUGAAUAUUGAGGAAUUUCAUUUUCGAACGUUAUGGUAUUUACAUACUUAAUAUAUGAUGUUAUCGAAUUUUUAUGAUCUUAAAUUACUUUUAAUCAUUACAUUUUACAUUAAUUUUGAAAUUUAGAUGUAAUUAUGGGUUAUUAUUUGAAUUAGUUAUGUUUUUUGUAUAAUUAUUUUGUAUAAUGUAUAAUUUUGAUUUGAUUUAUUAUUUAUGGGGUGUAAAGUUAUAAUUUUGAUGGGAUUUUUAAUGAAAUUUGAUCUUAUUAUGUACAAAAUACAGUGCGUAGACUGGGUGUAAAAGUUGGCGAUUAUAAUAUAAAAUUAGACGUGAAAGGCGAAAGUAUGGGUUAUUCAAUGUAAAAUACUUAUUGUUUUUGUAAUUCUUAUAAAAGCAAUUAUAAUACACCUAAAACUAUAUUAUUGUACAACCAAACCAUAUUAUUAUAGGCCGAAGUCGAACGAUUGGAGAAACUAAAGAAGAAAAAGGAACGUCGCGACAGGAAACAACAAAAACUCAAGGAGAGUGCACAACGUCGUCGUGUGCGACGGAAAGAACGUGCUGAUCGUCGUGCUCGCGGAAUCGUGGCUAGUCCGCUGGACAAGGAAAAGAAGUCAGAGAAGAAGAGAGUGCACGAAGAGAGGAAGAGAGCCAAGACAGAGAGGAAGGCACAAAGGAAGCUAAAGAAAGCUCAGGAGAAGGAGGGAAAGAGUCCAGACAAACGGCACAAAAAGGUUGGUUUAGGGGUUCUAUUUUGGGUCAUUGGAGAGUACGGUACUGUGAAUUGGUGUUAUAUUUGGAAAUGGAUAAAGGUACGAUAUUUUUUAUUUUUUUUUGUGAUUUUGUGGUUGAUUUUAUGGGAUUUUAUACCUAAAUUAGGGUAGUUUAAAUAAUUUUAGACAAAUAGCUUGGCGAAUUUUUAA